AUGUUACAGGCUUAUGGAGGUCAAGCGGGGAACCUGACCUCAUUCGGCUGCUCCAAGAGCUCCCUUGACGUGUACCACCUGUUCAGGGAGGGGGAGAGCCACGGAUGCUGGCUCGCUGCGGGGCACAGCCACAACGGCACAUGCCAGGCAGAAUUCCCUCUGGGUCCUGGGAGCCCAGCCCACAGCGCAACCUAUAGGUGCCAUGGCUUUUCCAGCCACUCCCCUUACAGGUGGUCAGACCCAAGUGACCCACUCUACCUUUCUGUCACAGGUGAGGCACCCUCAGCUUGUCCCACUCCUGUCUUGAGACUCUUCAAGGAGUCGCACAAAACCAAGCUCCAACACCGACCUGCUAUGGUUUGCUUCUUACUGGAUCCACAUCUUCCUCCAGGUAACCUGCAUGUUGUGGUUGGGCCCUCAGCGGCCAUCCUGUUCCUUGCCAUCCUUCCUUUCUUCCUCAUCCGUCACUGGUGCUCUGCCAAAAAGAGUAAGUCUCAGAAAGCAGGGGCCAGUGCUAUCUGGGUUCUCUCUCGUGCAAUCUCUCAACGUUGUCCCACUUCCCUGCAGUCCCCACAAGUGUUUGCACACCCUCACUCAUCAUGUCCCUUUAUGCAGGACCCUGAAACAGAAGAACCAAGGGAGGUGGCAUACGCACUGUGGGAUCAUUGGACUUCCACACAGAAAAAGGUCGCUCCCACUUCCCAGAGGCCCACAGAACCCUCAACCGGUACCAGUGUGUACGCGGAUCUUGCAGCACACUGAGACCAGAGCAAGGCUGGAGUCCUCUCCCCUGAAUGCGCACAGGAAGACCUUCCACGGAUGCCACAGCUCUUUCUCACACCCAGCCUGACAACUCCAUCGUAACAACAGCUAGAAUCUGAGGGCGUAAAUCUGCAUCUCCAGGGUCAUCCCUCUUGAUCACAGGGCAUCUCUAAAACCUCACGGCCCCUCGGAAACCCCCCAGCCACUCUAGGAUGUUACUAUAAUGAUUCAUUCAUUUCCAGUAUUAUCAACAAAAUCACCCAAGUGUUCCAGAAAAUUCAAACAUAAUUAGCCCACUUUCUCUGACAUUCUACUGAUGACAUUCUAGAAAUCAUGAUAUAUUUAGUCAAUGAAUUAAUUCUUCCAACAGCCUUCUAUAGAGGUACAGCGUCUUCUAAGUCUUUAAGCAAAUAUUAGCGAAGAAAAUUCAUAUUCUUGUGGAUCUUGGUCUAGUAGGAGAUGCCAGCAGGUGGAACUAUUGAAUGCCAUCUACGGAAGAAAGGGAAAUGCAGAGAGCCCCUCCCUGCAUGACCUUUGGCCACUUUUGCUUAUGUCAGUCUGUCCAAGCAAUUUCUACUCAGCACAGAUACGAGCAUGCCUCCCUCUUGCUUACCAAUUUUAUGGCCUCAUUACCUCCUUGAGAGAAACUAAGUUCCCGUGCUUAGCCCGCAAUUCUCUGUCUCACUUGACCACUGCCAACGUCGACAUCAUAGCCACCUGUACUUUCACAUUUCUACUGGAAGUUACAGCCAUGCUGAGUAACUCAUAGUCCAUAAACGUUAGGUGCUCACUCUUUUUUUUCCUUUCACACCUAGCUUGAAAUCCUUGCUGUAGACAGUUUUCUUCAAGUGUGAGUUCAUGUCCCAACUUGAGCUCUAGAGCCCCAGAAAUAGAUUUUCAAUUUCUUGAUAACCAAAAGUCCUUAGAUGUCUUUACGAUAGUAUGAUUUUAGUGGAGAAGCCAACUGGUGUAUUCAUGAUGCAGCUGAACACUCCAUCUUCAGUGAGUGACAGUGUCGCUUGUUUAUUUGUAAGACUUUAUUUUUCAGAACAGUUUUAGGUUUACAACGAAAUUGAGAGGAAGAUGCAGAGACUUGCCAUGUACUCCCUUCCCCACACAUGCAUAGCCUCCCCCAUUAUCAGCACCAUUCACCAAAUGGUACAUUUUUUACCAAGGAUAAAUCUACACUGACUCACCACAGUCUCCCAAAGUUCCUAGUUUACCUGAGGAACGCUCUUGGUGUCACCAUUGUAUGGGUUUGAACAAACAGAUAAAAACA